AUGCCUGCCUAUCUGUCCUCCAGUACAAAGGAGGCAAAGAACAGCCAGUCCUUGGUUGGCCGCCAAAAUGCCUCCAAGCCCCACGGUCUCCGUGGUAUGCUCAAGAAUCCUUAUGUAUUCUUGACCUGUGUGUUCGUGUCCCUGGGUUGUAUGAUGUACGGAUAUGACCAAGGUGUUAUGUCUCCUAUCCUGGUUAUGGAGAAUUUCAUGAACAAGUUCCCCGGCUUGAUGGGCUCGACCAUCCAGGGUUGGCUCGUUGCUGCUCUUGAGCUGGGUGCUUGGGCUGGUGCUCUCUUCAACGGUUGGUUGUCCGACGUGAUCUCGCGUAAAUACAGUAUGAUGGUUGCUGUGCUCGUCUUCACUCUCGGUACUGGUCUACAAUCUGGUGCCCAGUCACCCGCCUACUUCUUCGCCGGUCGUAUCAUCGGUGGUUUCGGUAUUGGUAUGUUCUCUAUGGUCAUUCCAUUGUACCAGGCCGAGAUUGCCCCUCCCGAGCUGCGUGGAUCUUUGGUCUCGCUACAGCAACUUUCCAUCACCAUCGGCACCACUGUCGCCUUCUGGCUUGACUUUGGCUUCUCCUACGUUGGCGGCAACAAGUGUAAGCCCGAGGGCAUCACCAACCCAUAUACUUCCACCGGAAGCUACAACUACGAGCAGAACCAUGGCCAUCCUUGCACUGGCCAGACUGAUGUUGCCUGGCGUGUGCCUUUGGCCUUGCAAUUGGUUCCUGCUUGGACCUUGUUCUUCGGAUUGUUCUUCUUCCCCUUCUCCCCCCGUUGGUUGAUGUUGAAGCAUCGCGAAGACGAGGCACGUACUGCUCUAAGCAAGCUUCGUCGGUUGGACCCGAACGACCCUCUCUUGAGCGCUGAACUAUUGGAAAUCAAGGCCGCCGUUAUGUUCGACGAGCAGACCACAGCCGAGCUGAUCGGCGAAGGUGGCAUCUUAGCCCCAUGGAAAGCCCUUUUCGCCCCCAACAUGUUCAAGCGUGUAUUCCUUGGAAGCGCGAUGAUGGUGUUCCAGCAGUUUACUGGUAUCAACGCUGUGCUUUACUAUGCGCCCCAAAUUUUUGAGAGUUUUGGUUUCUCUUCCACCACCACCGAGUUGCUUGCUACCGGUGUGACUGGUAUCCUGCAGGUAACCUUCACCCUGCCCGCUGUCUUGUACUUGGACAAGUUCGGUCGUAAGACCUUCCUGAUUGUCGGUGCUGCUGGUAUGUUCAUCUGCCACGUUAUCGUCGCCAGUGUCGAGGGUGUGUACGAGGACCAGUGGAACAAGGGCGAACAUCUUGCCGUUACACAAGGCUGGGUUGCCAUUGUUUUCAUCUGGCUGUUUGCCGUCAACUUCGCCUACUCCUGGGGCCCUGUCACAUGGGUGCUUGCACAAGAGAUUUUCCCAGCCAGUAUGCGAUCCCGUGGUGUAUCCAUUGUCGCCUCAACGAACUGGAUGUUCAACUUCGUUAUCGGUCUGACCACCAAGGACAUGCUUGGAUCCAUGAAAUACGGUACUUACAUCUUCUUCGCCAUAUUCUCAGCUGGCGGUGGUUUCUUUAUCUGGAAAUUCUUCCCUGAGACCAAGGACAAGACCCUCGAGGAACUCGACGUCUUCUUCGGUGGUGACAUGGGUAGCAUUGCAAGCAAGGACCGUGAGCGCAUGCAACGCAUUUAUGAGGAGCUGGGCUUGGCUAAUGCCAGUGAUAUCUCUGACUUGAAACUUGAGGAGAAGGCCAUUCACGAAGAGUAA